CCAGGAAAGGAAAACAAGGAUGAACUCCCACUUCCUGCCUUGAAGGCUGGAACCCUUUAAAAGCCCAGCUGUGCGUGCUGUGUUGCAGCUCCAUUAUGGCGUCAGAGAAGAAGCUUGUGGUCGUGGGCCUCCUUGUUUUUGCCUUCUUCUCUCAAGGGGAGGGCAUCAUCGGGGGCAGAGAGGCAGUACCCCACUCGCGGCCCUACAUGGCGUCCAUCCAGGUGGCCGACGGCGACUUGAUGAAGCACGAAUGUGGAGGCUUUGUAGUCGCCGAUCAGUGGGUGAUGACGGCCGUGCACUGCCUUCCAACCGGGGCCAGCGGUAGGAAGGUGGUGCUUGGUGUUCACUCUCUGAGUCAGGAUGAAGACACUAAGCAGAUGUUUGACAUCAUGGAGCUUCACAACCAUCCCCAGUUCGACUCGUCCAAUUACGACAACGACAUCGCUCUCAUUAAAUUGGACCGGUCGUUCAACGCCUCAGACGCCGUCAAAGCCGUGGCGUUCCUGCGGGCGGGCGGCACCAACCCCGACACGGAUGCCGUGGUGGAUACGGCCGGCUGGGGGUUCCUGGACAACUUGGGCUCCCAGCCCGACAAGUUGAAGGAGUUGGUGAUAGAGGUGGUGGACCCGGUACUGUGCAGGCGCAGCGACUACUUUGGCAGAAAGUUCACCGCCAACAUGAUCUGUGCUCACAAGGUGUGUGAGGACCCUUGUGACAAGCCGCACAAGAAGGAAGACACCUGUGGUGGCGACUCUGGGGGUCCCCUGCUCUACAACGGCGUGGCGGUGGGCAUCACAUCGAACGGCGGGAAGAAGUGCGGCCAACUGAAGAAGCCGGGGAUCUACACCAUCAUCUCGCACUACACCCAGUGGAUCGACGGUGUCAUGGGCCUUCAGAGCGACCCCUGAGGACCACAAUGGACACGUUACCUGCCUCCAAACGCUCCGACGCACCCGUCAUAUUUACUUUAAGCUUCAAACACUCACCCUAGGAUAGUAAUCCCACCUUUUUAGCUCCUGUAAAAGCAUCAAUAAACAGCUCAUCUUUUAAGCUCUAUAAUCGUCAGUCACACAGUGAAGUAAACAAUAGAGAAGUGCGUCGAAAUUGUAAAUUGUUGCUGGUUAGUUUGCGGGCAAAUCCUAACAUCAACAACUGCAACAAUGACAUAACAAGGAAAAAUGUCAUGUUUGAAGAGGCCACAUCUCUUUAAACUGGAAGGAAGAGGCACCUUUUUUAAUGUUGCAGGGAAAAGAAAGCGUAAUUACAAGUAAUUUGGUGUGGAAGACUUCAUGUACUCAUAUUCAGAGUUCAGUUCCAUAUAGAAGCGUACAGAGUUAAUUAAUUAAUUAGGAAGUGACAGAAAGUGUUUCUUGUGUCACGUAUUUACUCGACAAAUAAACACAAAGGUGUGCGAGCAGGGAUCCAGGCCCCCAAGCAGCCACAAAAAGACGAGGCGUGGAAAGGUGCCUAGAGCACUUUCUAGAAGGUUGAUAGUCCAGUCAGACUUCCUCCGAUCAAAUAGUCAAAUAGUCGACUAUUCUACGACAGAAUUUUUUCGCCAAGUCAUUGUCAAUUUUUAGAUUCAGCGUCUUAGGGUAAUUUUUAAGACUGAUAUAAUUUUCCAAAGUGGGGUUGGGCUGUGCAUGUACCAUUUGACUCCAGUUUCCGUGGUAAUGACUCCUAUGCUGGCUUAUCUUGAUGUGUAUUGCCGCUCGCAAAUUUGUUACUCCAGUGGUGUCCGAACUUUUUGACCUGAGGGCCGCAUUUGGCUAAAAUUAUUUGGCCAGGGACCGAAAGCCGACUGCAUGAAAACUAUAUAUAUAUAUACAAUGUGUGUGUAUCAAGCAGUUAAAAUAUGCCAAACAUGGAUAGAUGUGGGGAAUGUUUUGCAUUUUUUUCCAUUAUGCAUUGUAGUGGCUUUAAAAAUUUAUAAUUUUGAAUUAUGUAUAGUGUUUGGACAUUUUUUUUUACAAUAUUCACAAAGUUUGGUAAGCAGGAUUGUGGUGUUUGUGACCAUGUGUGUUGACUUUUUGGGUCAUAGAAGUAAAAUCUGUGCUUCAAACACUUCAAAUUUCAUAAUCGUUAAGCUGCUUUAGGGUAGAAGUUUGAACCUUUUGUGACCAGGGUGUGAGGGGUCUGCAGUGACACCCAGAGGUGGGACCAAGUCAUUGCUUUGCAAGUCACAAGUAGGUCUCAAGUCUUUGCCCUCAAGUCUCGAGUCAAGUCCCGAGUCAAGACAGGCAAGUCCCGAGUCAAGUCCAAAGUCAAGACUGGAAAGUCUCAAGUCAAGUCCCAAGUCCUGCAUUUUGAAUUUCGAGUCCUUUCAAGUCCUUUUAACCACAGACUAAUAUAUUUACACAGAUUGUGUAUGCUUUUAAAACGCUGUAUUCAUUUAUUAAAACAAGUGCAUUUGAAAUUGCAGGGGAAAAAAAGUGCUGACAUUGCACUUCAUAAUAGCACUAUUAUCCAGUAAUUUUAAACAUUUAACUCAUUCUUUUACAGAAUAAACACAUUU